AUGUUUGCCUUGAGUAAUGGGAUCCAGAUCCCUGCAGUGGGAUUUGGCACCCUCGCUAGCGAAGGUGCCAAGGGCGAGACCUACCGUGCUGUCUCCCACACACUAAUAGUUGGGUAUGGGCUGUUAGACUGUGCCUGGUUCUACAUGAAUGAGCAGGAAAUUGGAGAGGCUAUCAAGGAUUUCUUAACUGUCAACUCUAGCGUUAGACGGGAGGAUGUUUUCAUUGUCACGAAGGUCUGGAACCGUCUCCACCAAUACGAGGACGUGCUGUGGUCUAUGGAGAGCUCUUUGCAGAAGCUGAAGCUCGGCUAUGUCGACAUGUUCCUCGUUCAUUGGCCCAUUGCUGUCGAGAAGGAGAAUUGCGAAACCCCUAUGCUGGGACCAGAUGGAAAGUAUGUGUUUAACCGAGAGCUCACGGAGAACCCCGAGCCAACAUGGAGGAAUAUGGAGCAACUUUACGCAGAGGGCAAGGCGCGGUGCAUCGGCACGUCUAACUGGGCCGUUGCGGGCUUGGAAAAAUGGUUGAAAUUUGCAGAAGUAAAACCCCAUGCGAACCAGAUCGAGAUCCAUCCCUUCUUGCCCAACAAUACCCUCGUGGAGUAUUGUUUCGACAGCGACGAAGCUUUCAAUGCAAUCAAAAAGGUCAAAGAGGGACGUCAUUACCGUUUCGUUAACAUAAAUGAUAUAUUCGGCUACGAUGUUUGGCCGGAGGAGUCAGCCUAA